AUGGGGGACUCAGGGAACCCAGUUCAGGUCCAGGUGAAGAAGAAAUUAAAAUGCCAAUAUUGCCAGAAGUUAUUCUCCAAGAAUUUUGAUCUCCAGCAACAUAUCCGAGCUCACACUGGCGUCAAACCGUUUCAAUGUAUUGUGUGUGGUCGUGCCUUCGCUCAGAAAUCUAACGUCAAGAAACACAUGUCUACUCAUAAGGUCUGGCCAACAGGCAUGACCUCCUCCCUCCCAGAACAGCCUCUAUCUCAUGUAGUAAGUAAUGAGGAGGGGGAGGGGGAAGGGGAUCCUGACCAACCCCCCACCCAGACAGUCAAUAUUAACGACCAACAACCAGUUGACAGCUCACCCUCUUCUGAGGUAUUAGUAAUAGACAAUUCUUACGUCUGCCAUUACUGUCCUGCCAAGUUCAAAUCUUACUUUCAACUGAAAUCUCACAUGGUCGAACACAAAGUUGAACAGGUAUAUAAAUGUGUAAUGAAGAAUUGUUGUAGUACGUUUCAAGAACUGGAUGCGUUUUUAGAACAUACGAAAACUCAUGAGGAAGAAAUGUCUUAUCGAUGUCAUCUUUGUAAUAAAUAUUUCCCUUCGCUGUAUGAUUUGGGUGUUCAUCAAUAUACACACAGUCUGUACCCCAACCAGGGUCCUAAACCUGGCCCUCGACAUUUUCAAUGUAAUAAAUGUUUAAAUAAAUAUUCCACACCAGAAGCUCUGGACGCUCACCUGGCCUCAACAAGUCAUCAAUAUCAGUGUCCACAUUGUGAUAAAAACUUUACUUGUGAACGAUAUUUACGUCGACAUCUACCUACACACGGUACUGAAGGUCAGUUUCAGUGUAAUGGAUGUUGGAAGAAAUUUAAAACAGAACAUUAUUUAAAGAUGCAUCUAUUAAUUCAUACUGGAGAGAAACCAUUCAGUUGUCAUAUCUGUAAUAACUCGUUUAAUCGGAAAGAUAAACUGAAACGUCAUCUGUUAAUACAUGAUAGUGUUAAAAAAUAUCGAUGUCCAUUUAAAACCCUUACUGGUUGUACAAAAGAGUUCAGUCGACCAGACAAGCUCAAGGCUCAUAUUAUAUCUCACAGUGGUAUCAAACCUUAUAAAUGUUCUGUUUGUAAUAAGGGUUUUAGUCGUAAACCCCACCUGGUGGAACACGAACGCGGACACAAGGCUGAUUACAGAUACAAGUGUGAGAAAUGUGGCAAGGGAUUUUUCCGUCCCAAAUUAUUUUCUGAACAUAAAUGC